AUGUCCCAGAACACAGCAAGAAAUAACGACAUGAACCAUGAUACCGAAGCGAUAUCAGGACUAAACUCGGGUCAAGCGGUAUUGCGAGAGCUGUACGAGAAGUAUGGAGCGACUUGGGGCAGCCUGGAAGACCCCGAUGAUCCCUACAACUGGCCGACGCAUCGCAAGGUUACAAUUGCGGUACUGAUUUCAACUGGGCAGUUGAUCACUCUCAUGUCAACGAGCAUGAUGGCAUCCGCUCUACCACAAAUCUCGCAAGAUCUUGGUAUCAGUGCUACCACAACACAAAUCACUUUCUCGCUAUUCGUUUUGGGCCAAGCAUUUGCCCCUUUCCUGAUCGCGGCUUUGUCUGAGAUGUAUGGGAGAAAGCCUAUCUGGAUCGUUUCGUGUUGCUUCUAUCAGCUUUGGAAUGCACUCUGUCCCGUCGGAAAGAGUGCGCCGUUGAUGAUUGCCGGAAGGUUCCUUUCCGGUUGCGGAGCCAGUGCUGGUGUAGUGUUGACAGGUCCCAUCAUGGCUGACAUGUACCGGGCCAAAGACCGUGGUAAAUCUCUUGCAAUAGCAUCGUUCAUCCCUUACUUUGGCCCCGCGCUCGGCCCCAUCGUUGGCGGGCUUGUGUCGGAUCACAUUGAGUGGCGGUGGCUGUUCUGGAUAUUGUCCAUAUUCUCAGCAGGAAACACUUUCAUCGCAUACUUCUUGGUACAUGAGACCUACACGCCGAUCUUGCUUCAGCGCAAACUUGAAAGUCAGUUCUCGGGCAGCCGCAGUUGCUUCGAUCAGCCCGGGACCGGAGUUGUCCACAGGGGGCUUUCCAAGGGACUAUCCAUCCAUCUUCUCAGACCGAUGAUAAUCCUAACCAGUCGUCCAAUCAUCCUGAUUAUAUCAUGGGUUUGGGCAAUCAGCUUCGGUCUCUACGUGCUCGUUCUCUCGUCAUUUGCCAGCCUUUGGAUGGACAAAUACGGCCAAUCACAAACCCAAAGUACGCUCAACUACAUUGCUCUAGCCAUCGGCAUCACAAUCUCUUCGCAGGCUGGAGGUCCACUCAUGGACUACAUUUUCCGACGCCUCCGAGACAUAUCCAAUGGCGAGACAACUCCGGAGUUUCGAGUGCCCUACCUCAUCAUUGGUGUCAUUCUCCUCCCCGUAGGUUUAUUCUGGUAUGGAUGGGCGGCAGGGAGGGGCAUGCAUUGGGCUUUCGUGGAUGUCGGCGCCGCUAUCUUUACUUGCGGAACGUUCAUCACGGGUUCUGCAAUAAACGCUUACUUGAUUGAUGAAUUCAAACAUGCUGCAUCGGCAAGCGCGGCAGCACGUAUGCUGUCCAACGUGUUUGGUUUCGCUUUCCCCAUAUUCGCCCCACAACUGUUUAGCAGGCUCGGAUACGGCUGGGGAAAUAGUCUGCUGGCAUUUGUGUUCAUAGGAGUUGGACUGCCAUGCCCCGUCGUUCUUUGGUUCUGGGGCGCAAAGAUACGGGCUCUAGGGCGAGGAGCUCAAGAUUGA